AGUCAGCAUUGAGUUAGGCGUGCCGUUUACUGAUAUAUAAACAUGGAGUAUGCAUUUUGUCUUAUUAUUUCGCAUGUCAACGCUCAUCGGGCGAAGAAGACGCUGAACAGUUGCGAAAGUGAUAGUGUUCAACAUGGUUUUCUACCAGAAGUGUUUUCUUGCCUUCGUCAGUGCAUUGUUUCUCCACCUCGUUGCAGCUCAGUCAUUUAACCCCACAAUUCUCCAAGACAGCCGCGACCUUCCCAAAGUCGAUGGUACUUUUGGUUUUCUCUACCGCACCGAGGAUGGCAUAGCCCAUGCAGCCAAAGGUGACUCGAACGGAGUCAUCCAUGGCAGAUUUUCGUACACGGACCCCACGGGAUUGAAAGUUAACUACAAUUACAAUGCGGGAUCGAGAGUGGCCCCGGGCUACACCUACGAUAAUGAACCGACAGACAAUGGCCAAUACGAACCCCAAAAGUACCAGCCCCAACCCCAAAAACAGUACCAACCGACCCCCAAGUCCUAUGAGCGACACCAACAGGAUUACGAAGCCUACAGACAGCCCCAGUACCAGGAAGCCCCACAGCCUCAGUAUGUGGAACCCAAAUACGUGCCCCAAACUAGACCCCAAACCAGACCAGCCUCCAGACCGCUGUACAGCUCCCAGUACAGCGCGGUCGAAAAUUAUCCUCAGCGCAGGACUCGGCCACCCUAUGCCACACACAACGAGGUCUACGAGGAUUACAACUAAAUGAGCGAUUUUUUAUUACGCGAUCGUUUACAGCAAACUUUUGUACAAAUUUUGAAGCCAUAAUGUAUUAAUAAAUUCGAUACUGAAAGUAA